AUGGGGUGCGGCAAGAGGCUGGUUCGGUUGGAGAUGCCAGUAUCGCUUCAACCGACGGAGACACAAGGGAUGGCAGCGUCGCCCGCUCCACCGGCCCCGCCGGUGACCCUAGGGCCACGCCGGCACGGGCGCUGGGCCCAAGGAAAGAGGAUUCCAGCCUGA